GUUGAAUGCCACUGAACCCUGAACAGGUGAGAAUCCUAGAGCACCUGGAGCAAGUUGAGGAACUUGGUGAACUUGUGAUUGCUAAACAGGAGCAAAGCGUAUUGUGUGACAAGAACAGACAACAGACAAGAGAGGCCCUCAGUGCAGUGAGCAAACUCAACACGAAUGAAGAGAAACAAUGGGUCAUGCUGUCGGACCAAUUUUUUCUGCUUCCUCGGAAUCAGCUCAUUCAAGCACUAAGGGAUGAUUUGAAAACGUACAAUUCCGAGGUGGAUAGACUUCGGGAAGAGUUGAAGGCGGAUAUUAACAUGUUGCGUGAGCUCGAAGGAAAUCAUAGUUUAAAAGGAUUUGACCUUACUGCUCUUUCCAAAGAGGAUGUCGAAUCAACUGCCUUUUGAUCUUGUUACCUUCCGUCAACUGUACAUAGUUACAUGCGAUUAAUGGUCUUUUACUGUGUCGCACAUGGUGCUCGGAUGCUUUUAGAUGACUUGAUCACUAUUCCCUGUUUUUCAGAAUUGAUGAUACCAUCGGACGCGAUCCUAGAGGUACCCAAUUUUGUUCAUAGACGCUAUGAUCCUCUGAUGGGAGAGUGGAUUAUUGUGUCGCCGCAUCGUAUUUCUCGCCCAUGGUCUGGGCAGUUGGAAUUUCCAGAGCGUACUCUUUCAAAUAAACCUGAACCGAAAUCAGUGGUGAUUAAUCCGUUAUGUCCGGGUGCGACCAGAAGCAGCGGGACUAUCAAUCCGAAUUACUCAGACACUUUCCUAUUUCCGAACGACUUUCCAGCACUGGAUACAACUGAUGAGUCGAUUGAAGACGAUCACCUUGCUUCAAAAGCACUAUCAGAGAAUCCACUGUUCGCAUGGGCUCCGGCUCACGGGGAUUGUCAAGUCAUGUGUUUCCACCCAGACUCUAACAAAACACUGGCCUUGAUGAGUCCCGCUGAGGUCAGACGUGUAAUAGACGCCUGGUGUGAUUUGACCACAAAAUAUCAAAGUCAGCGGCGCUACCGUUGGCUGCAAAUAUUUGAAAAUCGUGGUGCUGCGGUCGGAUGUUCCAAUAUGCACCCGCAUUGUCAAGUAUGGGCAUGUGGGUUUCUCCCAUCAAUCGUGAAGCGGCGAGACUACAACCAAAGAGCAUACUUUGAAACACAUGGCAGUCCACUUUUAUUGAACUAUGCUAGACAAGAAGAGCGCACUUUUGGGCAGACACUCAAUCGUCUGGUGAUCGCGUCGGAGGACUGGCUAGUCCUUGUUCCCUGGUGGGCCUGUUGGCCAUUCGAAACUAUUCUUCUGCCUCGCAAACGUCAUAUUCGCUGGUUGCAUGAACUGACGGAUAAAGAACGAGAAGGCUUGGUUGAAAUCAUCCAACAACUGCUGACACGUUACGACAAUCUAUUCCACACCGAUUUUCCCUAUUCCAUGGGUUGGUAUCAGGCUCCUUUCUGCAAUGUUUCCGAAACGUCCACAUCUGACAUAACAGACUACCCAUAUUGGCAGCUUCACGCCAUUUACCAACCGCCACUACUUCGCUCAGCAACGGUCCGAAAGUUCAUGUCCGGAUUCGAGCUCUUGUGCGAACCGCAGCGUGACCUACUUCCCGAAAAAGCAGCCGAGUUGCUUCGUAAGACCAGUGCAGUCCACUACACCAGGUGUCAAGCAGGAUCCCCUUGAAUUCUGUUUUUACAAACUAUUUUCGAAUUCUUUUUAAGCACUUUAGUUUUAAUAAACGAACAUACUAGACAA